AUGCUAUCUCGUCAAUUUGGAAAGGAGACGGUCAAUUACUUCUCCAGCUCGCCUUUGAACCGGCUGUCAUUUUUGCGCGGAGACCACCCCUUCCUAUCCGCAGCCCUGAAGCACCCCUCCACGCGCUUCGUUAUCCUAAAGGAACUUGCGCCUCUCACAAAGUCCCCAGCGGAACUAUACCACGCCAAGUACGAGGAAGUACAGAAGCUCGUACCGGCGAACAUCUACGAUAAAUUCGAGGAGGACGUCAUCAAGGAACAUGACUCGCGGAAAACCAGUCCGCAUCUGAUAUUCCUCGGACUAGACGAGAGUCGGAAGCAGGGCGGUUUUUCGUGGAAGAUAUACACCGGAACGCCCUACUUUGCGCUGGAUGCAACACCUAGAGGUAGUGAGGAGCAGCAGUCCAACGCCAAAGAGAUCCUUGGCGCGUUGGAGGCGAAGGGACUUAGUUUCCUUCAGGCGCGGGUGGCAAUGUCGUUUUCGGCUGAUGAGGCCGCCAUCUACGCCCAGGCUCGCGCCUUGACGGAUUGGAACACCCGGAACACCUUCUGCGGUACCUGCGGCAACCGCACGAUCUCCGUGAACUCGGGCACCAAGCGCGCCUGUCCCCCGACAGAUCUUGCGCGCGUGGCCGAAGGAAAGCCUGCCGAGAAACCUGCAUGCAACACGCGCACCACCAUCUCCAACUUGUCGUUCCCCCGGACCGACCCGACCAUCAUCGUCGCUGUGGUGUCGACCGAUGGCAAGCGCAUUCUACUGGGUCGGUCCAAGCGCUUCCCGCCGAACUGGUACUCCACGCUGGCCGGGUUCAUCGAACCCGCCGAGUCGGUCGAGGAUGCUGUUCGUCGCGAAGUUUGGGAAGAGGCGGGCGUGACGCUCUCGCGGGUCGUGAUCCAUUCGUCCCAGCCGUGGCCGUACCCCGCGAACCUGAUGAUCGGAGCCAUUGCGCAGGUCAGCGAUCCUGCGCACGAGACGAUCAACCUGGAACAUGAUCCCGAGCUGGAGGAUGCGAAGUGGUUUGAGGUCUCAGAGGUCGAGGAGGCGUUGAGGGUCGGAACUAGUCCUUUGGGGGAGAACGCGGGUCCGGAAUAUAAAGAGGGAGGGUUGAGGUUGCCGCCGCCUACUGCCAUUGCUAAUCAGUUGAUUAGAGCGGCUAUCAAUAUAGAUUUGCUUGGGGAUAAGAAUUCGAAGAUGUAA